AUGAGUGGUCAUGACUUCGUUACAAAAAUAUCUCAUAUCCUGAAUGAACCAGUUACGGAGAAGGUAAUGCUGCAAAAACAAUCUAAUGAAAGCUCUGCAGUUACAAAUGCCGAAUUAGAGGUUCAAGAGCAACCCUCAAUCAAAUCGUUAAAAUCACCGGAAAGCGCUGCAAUUUCUAUUUCAGGUAAUUAUUCUAACCCAUUUCUCUCCACACAAUUCAAAACUCCUACCACUGUACCAUUUAUACCUGAAGCAAUAAAGGGCAUAGAUUUAGUGGAGCCACCUGAGGAUAUACCUGCAAAAGUAUAUCAUGAAAAGACGGGCUUAUUCUACCAGAUAUCUCCACACACUAUCCCAACUUUUACCGUAGCGAAAGAGGAGCUCCCAGACCCAAUAGAGUUUUAUGAACUAGUACAAGACUUAGGGUCAAUUUAUGGUUGCGUGAAGUUAAAAAUUGCAUCAGAUGCCGAUAAUUUUGCUCAACUAAAUGUCAAUAUGGAUCGCUUCUGGUUCAGAGCAAGAAAACAAAUCUUUGAUUCCGAUGAAUUACGAAGGGCCCAAAUAGUUAACUUCCAUGCUAGGCUUUACGAUUUCCACAAUAAAAUCAAAAGAAAAAGUUCUCUUACGAAGAUUCCAAGCAUCGAUAAACGGCCCCUGAAUUUAUACCGACUGAGAAGUUGUGUAAAACUAAGGGGAGGGUUUAAUGCAGUUUGUGAGAAAAAAUUGUGGGCACAAAUUGGAAGGGAAUUGGGUUAUUCAGGCAAAAUUAUGAGCUCGUUAUCAACUUCUUUAAGGUCCGCUUAUGCGAAAAUACUAGUGGAUUUUGAUAGGUAUGAAGAAAAACAAGAAAGCGUACGUAAUAACGAAACUAAUGAAGAACUAGAUGAAUUUUCGAUAUCUCAUCAUUUAAAUCAAGGAAAAAGGGAUGGAGAAGAAAUCUUAGAGAAGGGAGAGGAGCCUCUUUACAAAAGAACUAGAAUAAAUCAUGAAGUAUUUAGAGCCGGAUCAAUUAACCAUGAGUUUAAAAGAAUGAAGGACAUAAAGCACAUGAAAGGGUUUCGAACUUAUUUUGACUCUGUAACUGAGCAUAAAGAGGGCUAUACACAAUCAACAGAGGACACCUUACCAGGAUACGAUUUCACUUUCUGGGAUAAUGGUAUGGAGAUAUACGAUAAAAGUAAGUAUGAAACAAAAACCUCUCCUGUUUACAACUUGAGACAGUAUUACGAAAAAAGUCAAGCGGUUUUCCGUGCUAUUGUGACAAAAUAUAAGAAUAAAUACCCAAUUUUAUUUGCAAACGACAUGACGUUACCUCAAGAAGAGUUUGAGAAGUUAUACUUUGAUUUGUUAUCGGAGCAUUUUAUGGAUUUCGAGAUCGAUACCGGUCUUGGUCUAAUUUCUCAUACAAGAUCACCAAUAACCAAUUCGUUUAAUGAGAAGUUCACCAUUAAAAAAAUCUUGGAUCGAUGGAAUCUAGACAACAUCCCAUUAAAUAAAUUAUCGCUUUUGAAACACCUUGAUUUAGAUAUGGCUAAUUUUACAAGAACCGUUUAUGAUGUCGGAAUGUUAUUUUCUUGUCAAGGUUGGUCUGUUUCGGAUCAUUUUUUGCCUUCAAUUGAUUACAAUCAUUUGGGUUCUACAAAAAUGUUAUACAGUAUUGCACCCAAAGAUAUGGAGAAAUUCGAAAGUCUAAUGGCUCGAGGGGAAAAAGAAUGGGAUACUUUGCAGUCACGGCCGCACUAUUUCACUUCUGAUGAGGAGUGGAGAAGUUUUUCUGAAACUGACUUUUACAAGUCAUUCUUAGAGGCAGAGAAAUUUACUGAUUUUUUAAAUACGGGAGGUAACUCAAGAAAUUUAUCUUCUGAGUAUAGGACACUAGAAAAUAACUUACAUGAUGGUUCACAAAGUGAUUUGCUAUUUAAACCUAAUUUCAUCUUAGCCAACGGCAUUCAACUUUAUAAAGCAUCGCAGGAGCAAGGCUCGUACAUUUUCAAAUUCCCAAAGGCUUUCACGUGUUGUGUCGGAUCAGGUUUCUAUCUAUCUCAAAACGCAACUUUUGCACCCAUCUCAUGGCUGAAAUUCAGUUUCGAGGCAGAAAAAUGGAUAUCUAAGAUGGGAUUACUCCCAGCUUUAGACGUAAAUCAAUUAAUGAUCAACAUUUUACUAAAUUCAGAUAAUUCAGAUCUAAAGAAGACAUGUCGUCGUUUAAUAAGUACCUACGUUCAUAGCGAAGCGGAAAACCGCAAAAAGUUAAGAGAUUUAGUUGGCACUGUGGAUGUAGUCUAUAACAAACUGAAUUUUUUUUCGGAUAUUAGUUUAACGUCUACCGGUAUUUCAAAGAUUGUUAUGACUCAUGGUACCUUGCAACGUGUUCUAUCUCUGAAAGAAUUUUUAGCAUUGCUAGAAGAAACAGGAAGCGCUAUUCAUAGGGUAUGUGACAUCCCAAUACAUGACAAAGCUGGUAACCUCAACAUUUCCUUACACCUAUAUUUCGAUAAGGCGAGUCUAAAUGCUGCUCUCGACGGCUUGGAUAAUUCUUUAAAUUCCUGUCUGGUAGUCCACGAUGAAAAUUUUGAAAAGAAGUGGAAAAUGUUAAUGACUUCCACUUUCAGACACAGAACAGUACCAUUGAAUAUUAUACAGUAUUUGAUUUCCCAUACUGACAGUAAUACUGAAUUUAAUCGAAUCUUACGCUCCAAUCUUGAUGACUCCUUCCUACUUAUUGAAGAAUGCAAAAAGUUUAUUGCAGCUUGUGUGUAUCUUUCCCGUAAUAUUAAAAAUGUUGAUUUCGGUAACGGUUUUGAUUUACAUCCUCUACCGCUUAAGUUCUCUAAUAAAACGGCUCAUGACUUGGUGUGCUUGUAUGGAAGAGUACAGAGGUGUUCAAUUGAUUUUCCAGAAAAGUCAACGAUUGCCAGACUGUAUCAUGUAUCCCGACAAUUCCCCAUUGAUAAUAGGGAUAUUGUUGAAGGUAAUAAUUUACAUUUGCUCAAGGAAUUAUAUCAAAGAUCGUUAAAUAUCCCAUUAAAGGUUUCUUAUUGGACUAAGUUGACCAGAAAAAUUUGCAGACUUGAGUGGUUAUCAGUUUAUGAGCGUAUAUUCAUCGAGCGAAAUGAUAUCAAGAAUGAAGAUCCUGCAAAAUACACACUCCCGUUGCUAUAUUCUUACUUCGAAUUUGGGUUGAAGUACUGUCACGUUGAAGAUAUAGAUAAGAUAGGGAAAAUAAGACAGCUGAUUUUAGAAUACCAAGAGGUGAUGCAAAAAGUUCGAGUUUUCUUAAAAAAGGACCCACCCUCAAAAAUAUCCCUGAGUGAUCUGGAGAAUAUUUUACUCAGUAUAGAGGAACAUCGCUUACCCAUACACAGUAGUUUUUUCAGUGAGCUUGAUCACGUUAUGAGAGAAAUUGAACAUGCAAAAAGAGUGAACAAUGUAAACAAUGUGAACAUUUCUUAUAGCGUCGAUGGUAUUGAUAGAAUGGAUGGACUUAUCAGGAAGAGUGAUCCCAAUUUCAUGAAGUUUGUUAAUCAUUUUAAUGGUUCAAUAUUAGAUAAAAGGCCAUCAGUCGGUGAUAAUUCUGACCAAGUUAGGACCAAGAAAGAGCUAAAAAGCUACAGAUUAUGGAACCGGCACCUAGGCCAGAUAAUGCAAAAUAACAAAUUCUCCAAGAUACUACCCUUGAUCUUCAGAUGCUUGGAUUUGGGAUCGGACAGAUACAUUUCUCUAGAGGAGUGUACUGACCAUCAAACGAAAUAUUGCUUUUGUAGAAAAGUUGAAGAACAUACUGCCAUGGUGGAAUGUGAAAUUUGUAAGGAGUGGUACCAUAUGGAUUGUGUCAACGACGGUGAGUGGGUUUCACCUGAUGAUCCUAAUGUAUUCUUUGUUUGCGCAAUAUGCGCCCCUCCUGAUGUCAAGGGUACAGAAGACGUGAUUUUUGAAUUUGACGACUUGAAGGAACUCUUAAUAGAAUCUUUGAAACUAAAUAUUGUUCCGAAACCUCCUGUUCUGAAGAAUCUCUUUGACAUUUUUGCAUACGCAUUAAACUUUAAGAGCAAAAUGGAAGCAGAAUUAUUUACUGAUGAUUCUAUAGAUCAGUCGGCGUCUAUACACAAGAUCAAAUAUUACCUACGAAAGUCAAAAGGUUCGAGGUGCGGCUUCGCUGAUCUGACGGGUCCCUUAAGGCAAUAUUGUCAAAUGAAAGAUGCAAAAGCUGUACAAAGACUCGAAGAGAACGGAACAACUAUAAUCACAGGAAUUUCAAACUAA